AACCUCUCGUGGAACACCAACGAUGAGACCCUGGGCGCCGCCUUCUCCGAGUUUGGCCAGGUCCUCGAGUCGAUCGUGAUGAGAGACCGAGACACUGGUCGGAGCCGCGGAUUCGGAUUCGUCACGCUCAGCUCUUCGGAGGAAGCCGAGGCAGCGAUUCAAGGCUUGAAUGAGCAGCAGUUGGAUGGAAGGAAUGUCAGGGUCAGCCUAGCCAAUGCCCGUGGUGGCGGCGGCGGCGGUGGUGGUGGUUACCGGGGUGGU